UGAGGCGCAGACAGUGUGCCGGUACGGGCGGGCCGCACGAGCGGUGUGCUGCGCCGCUGUCUCCCGCUUUCUCUUUUUACUUACUUCGCCUUCUUACCUCCCCCCCACCGAAACUGCUUUCUGACGAGAAGCCAAUCAAGAUGUCGCUCGCUAAACUCACGGCAAUUUCAACGAAGACCCUCUCCCUUCUGCUUGAGCGGCAACGCAUGCAGUCCCUGCCCUCGUUCUCGUCCAAUGGUGUAUCAGAUAUCUCGCAAGGGAGCUCACUGCACCAUCCUCAAAUCAAACGGAAUCUGAAUCAGCUCCGGGAAGGCAUCCUUGCGUUGGAGGCGAAGGAGGGACCGUCCUCGGAAGCUGCGAAGUUGUUGCGGAACCAGUAUGACAGAAUGCGAGGCAUGCUUUGGGAGGAAGAGCGUGCUGAGAUACCUAGGUUAGAUAAGAAGGAACCGUCACCUUCACCACCUCCGGAGCAAGCACCCUCGACUCAAUUCACACAUUCCGCUGCACGCGACUCGUUACUCUCACAACCCACAUUUGCGCCCUACACCGAUGACCCAGAGCAGGGACAUGGCGUCGAGCCACCAGAGCCAGCAACCCUUCUUCAAACACAGCGCCUUCUCAUGGAUGGACAAGACCACCAUCUUGACCAACUAUCGCAUUCUAUUAACAGGCAACACCAUAUCUCUCUCCAAAUAAACGAAGAACUGGACGUACAUACUGGACUUCUGCAAGACCUCGACGCAGAUAUCGACCGGACAGACACCAGGUUGCGUCGAGCACGGAGGAAGCUCGACCGGGUCGCUCGAGGAGUGAAGGAGAACGGCUCCGUUGUGACCAUUGGCGCGCUGAUAUUCAUUCUCUUGAUUCUGAUCAUUUACUUCAAGACAUAAU